GUUGCGGGAGUGAGACCGGAGCCGCCACACGUGAACUGACGUCAAGAGCAAUUAUCUGACGGAGUCGAAGAGCAGCACCUGUGAUGACCCUAGUGAAGGUUGGGAUAAGACAGCUGGCGGUGUGAAGGGAACGACUGGAAGGUUCUGGAAGCGUAGAGAACGACGGGAAAGUACUUGAAGGUGAAGAGAACGACUGGAAGUUACCCGAAGGUUAAGAGGACGGCUGGAAGGUUCUGGAAGUGUAGAGAACGACUGGAAGAUACCUGAAGGUGAAGAACGAGUGGUAACAGGAGCGUCGCGGCCGAGGACGCAAAUCCCGGCGUGGAGGGAGAGUGGCGUCCGGAGGAGGCCUGGGACGCACAGCCGGAAGGCGCCGAGCGGCGGGCGGGAUGUAGGUCCGUCGGGCGCGGGCGUCGGUGGGUAGGGGCCGGCGGGACGCCGCCAGGGUGACCCCCGGGGCAUGUCUCCCCGCCAGCUGGUCGUCCUACCCUCGGCAUGGAGGGCCAGGAUGAGACGGACGGCGCCCCUGGCCACCACCCGACCCCCCAACCCGCACACCCCAUGAGCUCUCAGGACGCAUCCCCGAGGGCCUCGUCGUUCCCGGAGGCUUCGGUGACGCACAACGGCCGCCUCGACGCCCAGAAUCCGACGCCGCUGUGUCACCUCCACGACAUGGACUCCGUCGAGAUGGGUCUGGAUCCGGAUAGCCUGGCGGAGGACUGCGAGACGACGGCCAGCUCCGCCACCACCGUCGUCUGCGACUCCCGGUUCUUCUGCGCCACGCCCGACAACCCCGACAACACCCAACUCGACUCCCUCGACCACGACUCUGGCCCCGAAGACACGGAUAAUCUCCCCGUGACUCCGUGUCGGUCUCUCACGCCUUCCCCGAGUGGUUCCUCCGCUACUGAGCCUUGCCCGAGUGGGCCCUCGUCUAACGGGCCCUCUCAGCCUGGCCCCUCGCCCAACGGACCGAGUGGGCCAAGUGUGACGUAUACGAACGUUGAGAAUCCAGCAUCCGAACACCAGCCUUCUACAAGAACGUCGCCGCCGUCGGCGGGAGACUGCGCGGCGCCCACGCACGAGCCUGGGUCCCUGGCCGCCCUAUUGGCCGCGCCCUACGUCGAAGGAGAGGGAUUCUUCCCCAUCAUCAACACAGAAGAUGUCCCCAGCACCAGGUCGUCUACCCCCAGCUUCUCCUCCGGUAUGUCGCCCCCCAGUGAACGGGGCGGCACCUUCGACCUGCAGGAGGAGCAGGUGGAGGCUUACCUCGACCGUCACCCUCAUGUGGUCGAGCGCUGGCUCAGGGAGAGAACACCCAUGGCUGCGUUCAGGAACCUGCGGGGGCGGAGUCUGAUGCAGACUGACCAAUUGGCGAAGUCGUGGGACUCUGAGAACAGGGACACGCCCACCUCGGGCACGCCCACAGACAGCCAGCACCUGGUGGCCAAUUACUCCUACUCCAGCAGGAGGAAUUCCAUCAGCUCCUGGCUCUCCCCCAAGAGUAUAAAGUCCAAGAAGGUGGAGCGGCUGUCAGAGCCCGAACUGUUUAUGGAGCUCAUCCGGGACAUCAGCACCGAGCUCGACAUCGACACCCUCUGCCACAAGAUCCUGGUCAACGUGGGGCACCUUACUCAUGCCGAUAGGGCGUCUCUCUUCCUCGCCCAGGGCCCCAGGCACAACCGUUGUCUGGUCGCCAAGCUCUUCGACGUGACGGUCGACACAGUGUUGGAGGAGGCGCUGUCCAACGCGGCCGACAAGGAGAUCCUCCUGCCGUGGGGCGUGGGGAUCGUGGGUCACGUAGCCAACACCAAGGAAGUUAUCAACAUCAAAGACGCCUAUCAGGACCCCAGGUUCGACGCCAGCAUCGACCGCCGGACCGGCUACAGAACGAUGAGCGUCCUGUGCAUGCCUGUGUGCAACUACGAGGGUGAGGUGAUUGGAGUAGCAGAGAUCAUUAACAAGAAGAACGGCACUAACGAGUUCACCAAGCAGGAUGUGGAGGUGUUCCGGCGGUACCUGACCUUCUGCGGUAUUGGUAUCCAAAACGCGCAGUUGUUCGACAUGUCGGUACGGGAAUACAAGAGGAACCAGCUCCUCCUCCAGUUGGCUCGAGGCAUCUUCGAGGAGCAGACCUCGCUCGACCGCCUUGUUACCAAGAUCAUGACGGAGGCCAGAGAGCUCCUCAAGUGUGAGAGAUGUUCGGUCUAUCUACUCGACCCCCAGGUGAGUGAUAGGUGUACACACUCGACCCCCAG